AUGUCAGCGGUGGUGGUCUCGAGUUGGCUCUACGAGAAGAGGCCACUCAAGAGGGCUAAGUUGGGUCCGCCCGACGUCUACCCACAGGACCCCAAACAGAAAGAGGAUGAGUUGACGGCCGUGAACGUGAAGCAGGGCUUCAACAACAACCAGGGAAUGACCGACGAGUACGGGUCCGCCCGUAACGCCAAUCUGACGCCCAAUAAGUUUGGCUCGUAUUUCAGCGCUUUGUUGUCCAAGAAGUUGGAGAUGAAUACUCUGCCGGAGACCACAAGGAAGAAGCAUCAGAUCAACGCCAAAGACAACAUAUUGCUCGUGACGUCGAAGUCGAGGAGUGUCGCCGACGCCUGGUUUAAGGACUUGGCCUCCAAUGCCAAGACAUUGUCGCAGUUGUCGCGCAAAGUACCCGUCUUUCACAAGAAGGAGGAGAUAUUUGGCAGUCUAUACGAGUUUAAGAUACCUAUGUUUAAGGCCCAGUGGUUUAUCAAGAUGUCGGCCGCCCAUCACUUGGCCAUCAGUGAGUCCAACAACAAGAAGUCUAAGCGCCAACUGCCGGACCAGAGCCAAGACUGGACCAACGCUUUGUGUAAAUAUCUUCGCGAACAGUACCAGAAGCUGUGCGAGUAUUAUCACGGCGUGACGCCCGCCGGAACCGCCGCCGUCGGCGCCACCAAUGCUAGCGCUGCCGCCGCUUCGGCGACAGUGGACGCCGAUGAAGGCACUGGAGGCGCGAGUGUUCCCAAACAGUGGCAAUACUACACACAACUGGCCCGACAUCUCUAUGAGGACGGGCUACUCGACAAAUACGAUUUCCUGUGUUGGCUGUUAGACCUGUUGGACAAAAUUAAAUCACCCGACGAUUCGGUAAUUGGUAUUGUCGUGCCGUUAGUUCUUCAAUACAUCGACGAGUUUACGCAAUCGGAACAGUUGUCCCGUAAGCUCGCCUACCAGUGCUCCAAAAAGCUGAGUCAACUCGUGGCCGACUUUAGCGCCGAUCAGACGCCGGAUCAGUUGUCGACCGCUGAUACCAACGCCGCCGACGACUCGAAGAGCGGUGGCGUUAAUUCGGUGAACGGGUUUCCCUCGACGCCCAACGCGUCGGCCAGCAGUUCGGCCAACACUUCGGCCACAAAUACGGCGACAAACGCUGUCCAGAGUCAGAGCGCGAGCGAACAAUUGAUGAGUUGUUUCAAUGAGUUGACAGAGUGUUCACACCAUCGGAACGUAAUACUGGGCCUAUCGGUGAUGAUUCAGAUCAUUACACUCGACUGCCCGUCGGCUCUCAUAUGGCUGAAUGUGGGCGAGAGUAGCAAAGGAGCCAACAGUAUACAGGGCUCGCCACUCGAUUACCUGCCCUGCGAGCCGUCAAACCUGCCGAUGCCCUCGCGAUCACACAACCAAUACCUUCGCAACGAAUUGCGCAAAGCGGAGGAAGAGAUCCGCCACAGAAGCCGAAUGUCUGAAACGCACUGGUCGUGCGACCGGUGGGAACAGACGCCCGGAACCACUGUUAACAAGUUGUUGAACGUUUUGGACGCUCUCGACAGACAGUGUUUCGAUAAACUCGAUUCAAACAAUUCAAUCGAUACCCUCUACUCGAAGAUAUUUUCCGCCUUCAAUACCGCUGCGAGCAAUAACACCGCGAGUCCCACAAACAGUAGCCCUAAUAAUGGAUCUAAUGCUGAGAGUGUUAACCGAAAUGUGGGAGAAGUGAUGGCCGAAGACGAGCCGAUUGUGCGCUUACUGUGCGAAUGGGCGGUCACUAUCAAGAGAACGGGCGAACACAGGGCUCUAGUGGUGGCCAAACUGUUGGAGAAGAGACAGAACGAGUUGACCGCCGAAAAGGACAGUGAGAUAAGCGAAGAAACGGAUUCGGAGGCGACCGCUAACGGCAAUACACCGGCCAAUAGUGCGAACAAUACGAUUACAAACGCCAACAAUUCGCCGACGACUGCCAAUAGUGGCAACAAAUCAUGCGAUUCACAGCUUUCGACACCAAUAUUUCAGAAUCUGUUAUUGAAUUUUUUGGACAUUCAGGCGCCCGUCUAUGAGGACAAGAUUGGCCUCAAUAGCGGCGACAAUAAACAGGCCUUUUCUAACUUAAUACUGCUUUUCGGUGAACUCAUCCGCCGAGACGUCUUCUCGCACGACCUCUACAUGUGUACACUUAUAUCUCGCGGACAGUUCUCCAACUCUCCCAACACAUCGCUCCUCUCCCACAGCGCCAGUACUUCCAAACCCAAUCCGAUGGAAGAGUCGUCUUCGUUGGCCGGAUUUGUGCCUAAUUUGUCCACUAAUAACGAUAAUCACAAUCAUUUGGGACAACUCGUCGCCAAUGGUAUCCAGAAAAGCACUUCCAGUUCAUCACUGCCUAUGUUUGACCCGCUGUCCAAUAAUGUGAACGCCGGCCAAACCGACCAAUCAACGCGUUGGGAUCUGCCGUCGAUGGACAUCGACGAGAAUCUCGAUGAAAACCUGGACGAGGACUUAGACAAACUGUUGCAACACAUCAAAGCUGGUCAACAGAAUAUGUCGGAUCAGGCAGACCAAUCAACGCGUUGGGAUCUGCCGUCGAUGGACAUCGACGAGAAUCUCGAUGAAAACCUGGACGAAGACUUAGACAAACUGUUGCAACACAUCAAAGCUGGUCAACAGAAUAUGUCAGAUCAGGCAGACAUAUUACUCCCCGAUUCUGUGGGUUCGGACAAAGAGGACGAACCGAACACUACUGGUCUGGGCUCUCACGCGACCACAUUUCCAAUGCCCGAAAUACCGGUGAAGAACGCGACGCCCAGACAUCUGUUAUAUACAAUGCACUUCCCAUUACCACAAGACGAGACGUUCGCUCACGACUGUAAUCAGCGGCACAUUUUGCUGUACGGCGUCGGCAAAGCCAAAGACGAGGCCAAACACGUGGUCAAAAAGAUCACUAAAGAGAUUACAAAACUCUUCAACAGGAAGUCGUCGAUGGAUAUCAGCGACGGCGGGAAAGUUAAGAAACACGCCAUCAAAGAGGGCUUCAAUUUCGAGUCGGCGAUCGCCAAGUUUCAGGCGCUGUCCACUUUCGACCAACACGUGGUGACCACUUCCUGCGCCACCGCAGCCGUAGAGAUGCUGAACGGUGUGGCCAUUGGAAGCGCCAAUUAUUUGCCACUAAUCGAGUCGAUUGCGUUUCUCUUUGAUUUGAUGGAAAUGGCGCUCAAUGUCCACGGAUUGAUUGAAUUUGUCAUUCAAAUGCUUAAAGAGUUGGUCGAAGUGGACAUUCAAUUGCACCAAAAGUGUCCCAUUUUGGAGCGCACUUACUGUACAUCCAUUGGUCUGUAUAUCGUAGGCGUUCUCUACAGAUAUCAGACGUGUCUUCUGGUGUCACACGAGGAGACACUCGCUGUGUUCGAGAGCCUCUGGAAACUCGUCCGACACGUGAACACUCCCAGCGACUGUUCAUCAGCCGAACGGUGUAUUCUCUUCUAUUUAUGGGAUCUCCACUCUUCGUACAACUCUUUACGAACCAAAUCUCACGAAUUGGUCGGCUUUACGACAAUGUUAUCGAAAAUCAAGCAAUUGAGUAGUUCUCAGGUGAGCACCCAUUCGGAGGGCACCACAAACCAGAGGCUCAACGCCUCAGUGAUGGCCGAUUACCUUAAGAAUCCCAAACUUAAAGUGGACGCCAUUCACAUCCGUAACCUCAGCGACAAUAUCUCCGACCGAUACUCGUUUGUGUGUAACGCCAUUCAGUGUAUAUCAAUGGCCGGCGAUAUCGACAAACUCAAUGAGAUGUCUGUGCUCUGCGCCGAACUGACCGCUUCCUGUUCUCAUCUCAGCAGCGAAUGGCUAAGCGUUUUGAAAGCUCUCUGUUGUUCAUCGAAUCCAAAGAGUUAUUACGAUUUGUUAACACAAGUCGAUGUCUCCGAUCUCUCGAUUCACGACAAUUUAGCCGUCUUUACGUCAAUACUGAUCGCCAGACGAUGUUUUUCGCUCACAGACUUCAUCCUUCAAGUGGCCGUUCCCUCACUUCUGGCCCCGUCUUCUGCGGAGACGCCCGAAGAGGCCGAACCCGGAGCUCGACUUACGUGUCAUUUACUGCUUUGUCUUUUUAAGACAUCGGAGACUCCGUUGUCUUCAAAUACGAUGACAUCGUUCGCCACUUCUUCGCGCUAUUCGUUGACAAGUCCGGGACCACUAGUGUUGGCGCAAACGCCUCCCAAUCCGACUCAAAAACCUCAUUACAAUAUCAAAUACCCGUGCGAUCGAUACCUGUUAGCCGCCGCUCACAGUACUCUUCGCAUUGAAAUGGUUUUAAUGGUCUUAAAGGCGAUUCUCUUUUUGGGAAAUUCUGUCGAAAAACGUAACGCAGAGUCAAAAACUAAAACCGAUGGUAAGGGAGAACUCAGUAUAAGUGAUAUCUUGGGACCAAUUGGUGGCGACGAAGAAUUUGGAGAUUUGGGACUACCUCCGCUGUCAGGAAAGCCGGGAGUCAUGGAAAAGGCAGGUCUGAGCGAAGCGGCGAAGUUUGCGUUAAAACAGAUUUGUGGCCAACAAUGGGUUCACGACAGAUGUCUGAGAGGUUUUAUGAUAAGUCCGGAAAUUCUCAAUAAAUUACUUUUGGAUCCGAAACUCUCGCAUAAAGAGGCUCAGCAUCUGUUGAAUAUGAUAUGUCAUCCAAAGCUGAUUACAAUGCAUUCCUUACAAGAGAUAGAUUCCGACCAAAAGAUAUCGAUCGCAAAAAUAUUGCAAAAUCUGGACGAAUGGUCGAUAAGAGUGUCGUGGCUUCAGUUGCAGCUAAUGUACGCCCAAUCGUCGGCCGAAGUGAACACUUGGUUGGAAAACGUGGCCAAAGCGACGGUCGAUUUCUUUCAAAACUCCAGCGAAGAGAUGGCUAAAUAUCCGCAAAAUGGUUGGCAAUUGUCGUUAUUUAGUCCGCGAAGUAGUUCUCGACAAAUGCUUUACAAACAGUCGAGUCGUAUGAACGACAGCCACAACCAGAAGGACAGGGUAUGGCUGAUCGCACCACUCAUUUCCAAACUGCCGCCCGAGAGUCAUGGAAAAGGCAGAUGUCUGAGAGGUUUUAUGAUAAGUCCGGAAAUUCUCAAUAAAUUGCUUUUGGAUCCGAAACUAUCGCAUAAAGAGGCUCAGCAUCUGUUGAAUAUGAUUUGUCACCCAAAGCUGAUUACAAUGCAUUCCUUACAAGAGAUAGAUUCCGACCAAAAGAUAUCGAUUGCAAAAAUCUUGCAAAAUCUGGACGAAUGGUCGAUAAGAGUGUCGUGGCUUCAGUUGCAGCUAAUGUACGCCCAAUCGUCGGCCGAAGUGAACACUUGGUUGGAAAACGUGGCCAAAGCGACGGUCGACUUCUUUCAAAACUCCAGCGAAGAGAUGGCUAAAUAUCCGCAAAAUGGUUGGCAAUUAUCGUUAUUUAGUCCGCGAAGUAGUUCUCGACAAAUGCUUUACAAACAGUCGAGUCGUAUGAACGACAGCCACAACCAGAAGGACAGGGUAUGGCUGAUCGCACCACUCAUUUCCAAACUGCCGCCCGCUGUCGAGGGAAAGAUACUUAAAGUGGCGGCCAAUGUGUUGGAAGCGGGAAAUUGGAUGUCUAACGGCGCGAACCAAUCGUCGCAGAACUCGUCGUAUAAGAGCAAAACCGAUCGCGGAUUUCAACAGCAGAAGAAUACGUCAAAUGUUAGUUCAUCCAAUUCGACGCCAUCGUUGUUAAGCCAUCAGCCAUUCCUGUCGUUGGUAUUGAUGUGUCUGAAAGGACAGGACGAUCAAAGGGAAAGUCUUCUCAACUCACUGUACAAUCAAUUGUCUCAAGCGAUUAACGAGAAACUCUGCGACGACUUGAAGGCCAAACACGCCAUCCAAGAGGGCCUACAGUUGCGGCUGAAUCUGAUGGGAGGAAUGUUUGAUAUGAUUCAGCGCUCGUCGUCGUUGAUGAACGACUGGGCCGUCCUAUUGAUACAACUGAUCAGCUUUACGAUCGUUGACCCGCAGAUCAAUUACGAUAUCUUCACCACAGCGUUGGAUAUGUUGACAGUUCUGAUGCACACGACUCUCGUGUCGGACUCAUCCGAGACGCGAGAGGAGAGCAAAAAACAUUACCAAAACUUAAUCAAAAAACUUAAGAAAGAGCUGAAUAUCGACCGAAUCACUCCCGGCAUUAAAAUGGUUCGACAGUUGCUUCCGAUUGUCAAACAAAACUGCGAAGUGAUUACAUGCGAACCAAUGGGUUCCCUAAUCGACACCAAAGGCAACAAAAUCGCCGGUUUUGACUCAAUAGACAAGAAACAGGGCUUACAAGUGGCUGAGAAGCAGAAGGUCUCGCCGUGGGAUCUGUUGGAGGGCCACAAGAAUCCGGCGCCGUUGAGCUGGACCUGGUUCGGUGCCGUUCGCAUUGAACGCAAACCAUUGCGAGGCGAAGAGAAUCACUAUUUGUUGGGCCGACACAACCACUCGAUCCGAAAGCCCACCUCUUAUUACUUAGAGCCGCCACCGCUGCCGCCCGAAGACGCCAUUGAGCCGACGCCUGCGCCCGCAAUGCCGCCCAUACCUAACGAACGGAUGCCUAUUCAGCACCAAAUCCCUCACCAAAUGACACAUCAAAUGCCGCCACAAAUGAUGCCGAACGCCGUUCCCAACCAAAUGAUGCAAAACAUGAAUGCUAUGAAUGCCAUGAAUAGUAUGAAUGCCAUGAAUAACAUGAAUAGUAUGGACGACGGUAUGCGACGCGACCUUAUGUUAGAGCACGUGAACCCUCGAGUGCCCACUCCUAAGAAAGUGAAGGCUCCGCGACGGCCGCGAAGGACACCGAAGAAUGCGAACGGCAAUAGCGGUCAAGUGACGCCUCCCAUACGGAUGCCCACCAAUUAUAACGACCAAUACGUGGCGCCAUUGCCUCCACCGCAUCAGCAGCCGAUGCAACAGAACUGGGGCUACGGAUCGCAUCCCCAACAGACCACUGCCGCCCCGCAGCCACCCAUGCAAUCGCAACAGCAGUUCUAUCCGCCACCACAACAGCAGCAAAUGGUUGGCCCGCGUUUCACAGAUCCGCCGCGACCUGUGGGCCACUCCAAGGGUGCGCUGAAGGCGAUGCUCAGCACAAGACACCCGACAACCCCGUCGUUCAAUAUGCAGCCGACGAACGCUCCCAAUAUGGCGCUCAAUCAGCCUAUGAUGGCCUCAUCGGUGCCGCAACAGACGCCAUACCAGACAAGACAACCAGUGAUGUCGAUGAGGGCGCAGAUGAGGGCGCCGUCGCAGCCAAUGCAAGUGAACGUUCAGCAGAAUCCCAUGUAUCAAAUGCAGACUGUGAACCAACCGGUGGCCACUCAGAACCAACCCAUGCAUCACAUGUCCGUUCAAUCGCAGGGCAAUUACGGCGGACCCCCGCCUAACAUGUCGUUCCAGAACCAGAUGCCGAUGCAAAGUAUGGACCAAACGGUGCAGAUGUCUGGCCAACAGUCCGGUCACCCGCCGCCUGUCUAUCAACACCCGCAGCAACAGAACCCUAUGAUGAUGAGGGCACAGAUGCAGACACAACAGCAAAUGGUUAGCCAACAAUCAACGCAACAGUUUAUGCCUCAAAGGUCUCAAUACCAGACAAUGCAAGCGGCGCCUAACGUAACGAUGGGUCAGAUGGGAGCGAUGGACAACCGGCCCAACACUUUCAACCAAAACACAAAUAUGCAGCCAAUGGGCAACACUGGAGGGCCGCCGCAUAUGAAUCAGUGGCAAAACAGUGGCCAACGGCCGCAACAAGUGGUCUCACAAUUGCAGAGACAGCUAUCGGGCGGUAAUUCACAGCACAAUAGCAUUACCAAUGCAAUCAAUUAUCAUCAAAAUCAGUACUGAAUUAGUGAAUGAAUUUGUAAAUUAUUUAUGAGAUUCUAAUUUAAACUAUAAUUUUUGUAUUUUUUGAUCUUUCGGUGUUUUUGUACAAAAACA